AUGCACGUCAGCUUCGACAUCGGUUUUGCACAUCAGCGUCGGGCUGACGCCGAUAGCAGUCAGCCCAAGCUGGAGGUGUUCCAGGAGAUGCUGAGUAAGCACCCCAGUGUGUUCUAUCCCUCCCGCACUCCCAAGAGCUUGUUGGUGCACUGGCAGCUACUCGAACAGUACUAUCUGCUGGAGGACCAGAGUGUUCAACCUCUCCCUAAAGGAAACCAAGUUCUCAACUUCUCUGAUGCUGAGCAGCUGGUGGAUGAUGCUAAGCUAAAGGAGCGCAGGGAUGAGGUGCUGGAGCAUGAGCUGAUGAUCUCUGACCGCCAUCAGAAGAAGGAGAUAAGACAGCUGGAACAGGAGCUACCACGCUGGCAGGUCCUGGUGGACAGCAUCACAGGCGAACUGCAGGGGGUCAAGGAGGGCAUCUGUGAUGGUUUUGAGAUCACCCUGGGCAGAGCCACCAAGGACAAGCAGAUCGAUGUAGAUCUGACUCUGGAAGGACCUGCCUGGAAGAUCUCCAGGAAACAAGGGAUCAUUAAACUAAAGAACGGAGACUUCUUCAUAGCCAACGAAGGCCGCAGGCCCAUCUACAUAGACAGCAGACCAGUCUUGUCUGGCUACAAGUGGAAACUCAACAAUAACUCUGUGGUGGAGAUGGCCGGUCUUCGUUUUGUAUUCCUGAUCAACCAGCAGCUGAUCUCACUCAUCAAGGCAGAAGCAGCUAAGAUGAACCAGCAGUGA